AUGCGGCCCCGUCGCCUACCUGCGGCCCCGUCGCCUACCUGCGGCCCCGUCGCCUACCUGCGGCCCCGUCGCCUACCUGUGGCCCCGUCGCCUACCUGCGGCCCCUUCGCCUACCUGCGGCCCCGUCGCCUACCUGCGGCCCCGUCGCCUACCUGCGGCCCCGGCGCCUACCUUCCCGGCCGUGCCGCGUACCUGUGCGGACCCGGGACCACUGCCUCUCGUGGUGACCCCCGCACCCCCGUCUUUGAGGGGUGUUCUCCCUCCCCCCUCUUGCCCUCUGUUGCUUCUGCUGCUGCGGCCGACCUCAUUGGUUUUGAGUUGGUCGGCGCUGCACAAGCAAGGGCAAGGGGGGCAAGGGCGCUGGAGAAGCUGGUGGGGGCGGUGGAGGUGGCGGUGGAGCCGGCGGAGGGGGUGGGGGUGGUGUUGGGAGUGGUGGCGGGGGUGGAGGUGUUGGUGGCGGCAGUGGAGGCAGAGGCCGAGGCGGCGCUGGCGGUGGGAGCGGAGGUGGCGGAGGUGGCGGCGGAGGAGGAGGCGGAGGCGGAGGAGGUGGAGCUAGUCGGGGUGGCGCUGCGCAGAGGGGCGGCUCCGGUGGUGGCCAGCGCCAGCAGCAGCAGCAGCAGUGCACUCGUGACAUCCCCCCUCCUCAGUAGCUCCUGUGGGGGUGCGCACUCCACCCAGCGCUUCUUUGGCCGCCUAACGGACGCUCGGCGUCACCAUUUCCCAGAGGCCACUGAGAUCCCCCGUUGGGGUGAGCUGUCUAGGGCGGGAGUAGCUAUCUUUGACCUAGACUUUGAUGCUAUUCUUGCUGCCAUGUAUGCUGUGACUAUUAGUGAUGAGGGUGACUGUUACCGGUGUUUCCCGCCCGAUCCGGGCAUUGAGACGGCUGCUCUAGGUACUGGUGAGGCUGCUCCUCUAGGUGCUAGCGAGGCUGCUGCUCUAGGUGCUAGUGUGUUUGCGUCCUCAGGUGCUGGUGAGUCUGCUCUCUCAGGUACUGCGUCGGCUUCAGCCUCCCUCACCUUCACCCUUGACUCAGGGGCUUCUCGCUCCUUCUUUCGAGACCGCACCACACUCACGCCGCUUGGUCCUGUCCUUGCUCACUUCUCCACUGUCCUCCCGUGUCCGGCGGCUCCCUCUGGCACCCUGUCUGGUCUUUACCUCCCCUCGUUCUCUACGAACUUGGUGAGUGGUGCUGACCUACAGGAUGGGGGAGUGCACCAGUUCACUCCUGCAAGUCAGCGGCUGACACACUGCACUGAGGCUCGGACAGGCCGACACUUGGCCACGUUUACACGUCAGCCGGGGUCGAGCCUGUACACACUGACCACUGAGUCUCCUCCAGUCACUGCGUCUGGUCGGGUAGCUGCGUCGGGUCAGGUGUUUGCUGCAGCGUCCAGGUCUGGUCCUGAGUCUGCCCCCUGCUCGUGUCGUCUCCUGUCUCACGAGACUCUACUCUGGCACCACCGCCUUGGUCACCCCUCUCUGCUUUGUCUCAGAGGCAUGGCCUCCCAUUUCCUUGUUUCUGGUCUUCCCCAGUCCCUCCCUUCCCUUCGUCCGGGGCCUGGCCCUACCUGCGUCCCUUGUGUCGAGGGGCGGCAGCGGGCUGCCCCUCACUCCUCCUAG